AUGAUCUCAAGAUUGGCUUUACCCUCCUCCAACAACACCAACCAGCCUUCAAGCUCUUCUAACCUUCCAUCCCAACCCCUUCCAAACCCAAAAGGUGCACUCAAUGCCAUUACACUACAGUCGGGGACUACAUUGGAGGAGAUACCUCCUAGGGCCUUAGAAGACAUUCAUGAGGAAGAAGUGGUUGUUGAAUCUCCACAUGAAAAGGAAGAGAUGAGCACAAGGCAAGAGGAGGAAGAAGUGAACCUCAAGGAGCCCAAGAGGAGAGCUACAAUGGAUGAAUCCAUUCUUAUUCCAUUCCCUUCCAUGCUAAAGAAGGCCAAGAAAGCUCCGGAGUUUGAUUUGAACAUGCUUCAAGUAUUCAAGAAAGUUGAGGUAACCAUCCCAUUUCUUGAUGUCAUUCAACAAAUUUCUAAGUAUGCAAAAUUUCUAAAAGACUUGUGCACACAUAAGGAUAGGAUAGGUGAGUUGGAGACAUUGUCAUUGGGUAGUUCUAUUUCUGCAUUGAUGAAGCCUAUUCCUGAAAAGUUUGGUGAUCAUAGACCUUGUUUGGUUUCUUGUUGUAUUAGUGGAGCUGUUUUUCAUAACUAUAUGUGCGAUUUAGGAGCUUGCGUGAGCAUCAUGCCAUUCUCAGUGCUUGCAAGGUUGAAUUCGGCUCCUUUGAAAAGGUUGGCUGCAAGGUUUGCCUUAGCCAACAAGAGUGCAAUUACCGUGGUGGGAAUAGCCGAAGAUGUACUUGUGGCAAUCAAGGAUUUGUUGGAUGCAUUCACCGGCACAUAUUAUUUUGAGGUUGGAGAAAAGACAAUCAAGUUCAACUUGGAGGAAGCCAUGAAACACCCACCCGAAGAGUAUUCCGUUCUUCGAUGUGAUGUAAUUGAUGAGGUAGUAGUGGAAAUGCAAAGCAAAGAUCACAACGAGCUAUGCUACCCUAUUUUUGAGGAGAAGGAUGAUCAAGUGGGUGAACAAAGGGAAAUUGUUGAGAAUGAAUCCCAUGAGCAUGGUGAAAAAGAACCCCAAUUAGAGGUAAAAAGUGAAUUGAAGCCUCUUCUAUCUCAUUUGAAGUAUGCAUUCCUUGGGGACAAUUAA